GAUAUACGCUUUGCUCUCCUUUCUUUAUUUAAUUGUUUCCAAUUGCAAUUUUCGUUCUUUCACAUUCGUGAUGCCCGUGCAUAAAGUUUAUUAUACAAAAAAAUUGUUUUUUUGCCCAGAUACAACUGUGCACAAACUAGGCUAAGCAAAAACGAAUAGUUAAGACAACGAGCAAGAAAAUAAAUAUAUAUAAAAAAGUCUACGUGACUUUCAUGAAGAAAACAUUAUAUGCGUUUGAUGCGUAUCAGAGGAGUGAAGUGUGAAAGUUUUGCCACUACGUAAUUGUGUCAUUGAUUUUGUAUAUGAAAAUAACAUUGUGAAAAAAAUUUUGAAAAUUCGAUAACAAUAAACGAACAUCAAAAUAUUAAAAAAAAAAAACAGCAUAACUUAGGUUUGCUAUUGUUAAGUAGCUGUUAGCAUGAAUAACGGUGGGUUCAGUUCAGCAGACGAGGACUCUCGUGAUGGCCAUAGUACAUGUUGCCUUAUCGAUGAUGACGAACGUUGCCGAAAUCCCGCUGGUAAUGCCAGAUAUAGUAAACGUAUACAAAAAACUGUGCAACAAAAACGUCUAAAACUUCGUAAUGAUCCCACCGCGGAACGCAUUUACAUCUGUGAAUACCACAAAUCGCAAAUACAAUCAGCACGCAGUAAACGACGGCGUAAGGAAUCUGAGGAGGAUAGCAAUGAAACCGAUAACGAAACACCAGACGUUGUAAUGCCGGACCUUUAUCAACUGCAAGUGAAUACAUUGCGACGAUAUAAACGUCACUACAAAGUGCAGACGAGACCGGGUAUGAAGCGACAACAAUUGGCAGAUACAAUCAUGAAACAUUUCAAAACGAUACCGAUCAAAGAGCAGGAAACCAUCACCUACUUUGUAUACAUGGUUAAAUCGAAUUCGAAUAAGCUGGAUCAAAAGAAUGGCAUUGGCAAUGAUACAACCUGAGGGAAGCACUGAUGAGUCUCCAGGUUGUUGUUAAUUGGUUGCUAUUAUUCUACAACAUAUUUUAGGCGCCAAUGUCGGAAGCAACAUGCCCUUAGCUUCUUAAGCUUCCUUAUUAUAUACAUUUGUAUGUAUUUAGUGCUAAGUAAAUAUUGCUUAUAUAGUAUAAUCCGUGUUCAUGUUGAUUUUAAUUUGAAAAACAAAAUACAAUAUGCAGUUAUUAUCAAAUAAUAUUACGUAUAGGUAUGUUUAUAGAAAUGUAAAGUAGCCAACUACAUAACACUGUUGAAUAAAGUCAUUGUUCGAUUUUUGCAAUACUACUUAAA